ACAGGCGAAAAUCAUCCCUUUAACUGUCACCUCUAGCUGGAUCCUGAACUGCUUGCUGUUCGGGUCCUGCAUCCUUCCCCCCUCUUCAACCUUUGGACCCUGAAUUUCCUUCUCUCCAUUCGUCUCCCUUACCUUUACCAGCUCUUGUCAAGGAAUUACCAUCGCCAAUUAUUUCCACAGCGCCUUUGAUAGACACUAUCAUCCGCAAUGUCAAGCUUCAACAAUCUCACUGAUUCUUCAACUCCGAAGGCUUUCUCGAAGAUUGAUAUCUCCGGGAAUAACUUUCCCCCUUCGCCAGCUCCUUCUACUCCCACAAACGGGAGAAAGUAUGCGCUAGCUACGGAACUCGUUUACACCGAGCAUUCUGAUCAAUACGGUGCGUCGUCUGUGCCUAUAUACCAGGUUUGCCCCCUUGGACCUCACCCAUCUGUCUAGACGCUGACCAGCGAGUCUUUGAAGACGGCUACUUUUAAACAGAGAUCCGCAUCUGGAGGAGGGACAUUUGACUACACACGGUCCGGAAAUCCAACCAGAUCGCAUGUAGAGCGCCAUCUUGCUAAGAUCAUGUCUGCAAGCCAAGCACUUGUUGUUUCCUCCGGAAUGGGAGCUCUGGACGUGAUCACCCGUUUGCUAAAGCCCGGAGACGAGGUUGUCACUGGCGAUGAUCUUUAUGGAGGCACAAACAGACUGCUGAAAUAUCUUUCCACACACGCUGGUAUCACCGUCCACCAUGUAGAUUUCACCAAUGUCGACGCAUUGAAAGAGACCUUCACGCCAAAGACUACAAUGGUCAUUCUGGAAAGCCCAACAAACCCACUCAUCAAAGUUACAGAUAUACCGGGUAUUGCCUCAUUGGCACAUGCCGCUAAUCCCAAUGCCAUUGUUUGUGUGGACAACACUAUGCUAUCACCCUUGUUCCAGAAUCCCUUGGACCUCGGUGCAGAUAUUGUCUGCGAAUCCGGAACCAAAUACCUUUCGGGCCAUCACGAUCUCAUGGCGGGUGUGAUUGCAACUAAUGACCCAUCACUCGGCGAAAGGCUAUACUUUACAAUAAAUUCCACGGGUUGUGGGCUCUCGCCAUUUGAUUCAUGGCUACUGCUGAGAGGGGUCAAGACUCUUAGUGUUAGGAUGGAGAAACAGCAAGCAAGCGCACAAGAGAUUGCAGUAUUUCUGGAGGACUGUGGGUUCAAAGUCAGGUAUCCGGGUCUUAAGAGCCACCCACAAUACGACCUCCACUGGAGCAUGGCUCGGGGUGCUGGCGCAGUUUUGAGCUUUGAAACUGGUGAUACGAUCUUAAGCGAGAAGAUUGUAGAAUCUACCCGCCUAUGGGCUAUCAGUGUCAGCUUCGGAUGUGUUAAUAGUUUGAUUUCCAUGCCAUGGUAAAAAAAACUCCUACUCCAAGUCCUCUGGAUUUGGCUAAUGUUCUCUCCUAGUCGUAUGAGCCAUGCCAGUAUCGAUGCGAAGACAAGGGCGGAAAGACAGAUGCCUGAAGAUAUUAUCAGGCUCUGCGUCGGAAUUGAGGAGUAUCAACACCCCCUCCCCUCUAAAGAUUUUAUUUCCUAAAAAUGCUGACGCCUACCCAGCGUUGGAGACCUGAUUGACGACCUCCGUACGGCACUCAUCCAAGCAGGUGCUAUCACCGUAACCGUCGGCGGUAUCAGGGCUGGCGCCCCAGAUGGCUCUUUGCUUGGUGGUGGUGUCUCCCUCGCCUCCGCUUCAUAAAUACAUAUUAAAUGCUUGGUUGAGGGUCACCAGCCCCCCUUCCCUUCUGCGUUUUAUAUCUUGCUCUUGGGUACAACGAUAGCAUGUAAAUAUAGAAGAGGGAGUAUAAAAAAGAGGGGAAAAAUUAUGUCAUGUUACUCCUUGGUAGCCUCCGAUGUCUAUCUCUCUCUCUUCCUCCAUGCUUUAGUUGGUUGGGCGAGUGAGUAAGUGUUGUGAUUUAUAGAAAUGGAGGCGUUUCUUUUUUCUUUCUCUUUGCCUUUUUACUUGUCGGGGAGACUACAAAAACAGGUGAGCGCUGGAAGCUGUACACAAUCAUAUAUGGACGUAGAAAGGGAAACAAAAAAAGGACACAUUUUUUUAUUUCCCCCGCUGCAAAAGGAUCGUGAUUUUUAUUGAGGGUAAGGGGCUUUGCGAGAGGGUUCCGGAUGUGAGGCAGAUGUGGUUUGGGACCAACCAGACCGCUAGGAUUUGGGUCUGGAUGGGGAAUCGCAAGUUAAGCCCGUUUCCGGUAUGAUGGACCUUUCUAGGCUAUAUCAUAUGAGAUGUCAAUAGUCCUACUCGAGGGGUGUCAUACUUUGCUCAUUUUUAUUUUAUUUUUCGUGCCGUACUUUUUUGAAUUCCAAAAUUGUUACGAAUUAUAAUAGCGGUAUCCCACCGCUUGCCUCCAUGUUCACAUAAAUCUAUGAUACCAACCCACCGGCACGGCACCGUACCGUACCGACGUCAGUGCCCUCCAGCCUUGUGUGGCAAUUUUCCCUUUAUCACAAUAUAAUGAAAUACCAAUAGUGUGAUAUCUAGCAAUAGUUAGAUAGCCGCUAUUGGUGGCUACCAAAGCCAUAAGUAAAUCGCUUUUAAGGUUAAUCUAAAAAAUAAAAUAAAAACACCCACAUUCCCCCCCUUGUAAACCUAGAGUUUUGAGGAAGGCCCCGAUGGAGUGGAAGGGAGGGGUGGUUUGCCAGGAUCAUGGUUUAUCACUCGACUGACCUGUGACCAGAGGCAAU